AGAAGAUUCCCACUCAAACGGUCUUAUUAACACGAGAAAGAGAGAAAUCCAGAGAGUAUGAGACAGAGAAAGAAAGAAGCCCACACAAACAGUCGAACAGAUUACAGAAACAAAGAGUUGAGGCAUCUUCUCCACCAUGACUGAAGUGGAUUCGGUUCCAAGCCAGAGGUUAGCAGGGAAAGUGGCAUUGGUGACUGGUGGAGCCACCGGUAUUGGGGAAAGCAUUGUGCGCCUAUUCCACAAACAUGGUGCAAAAGUUUGUUUAGUUGAUGUGCAGGACAACCUAUCCUUGCAAGUCUGCGAAUCCCUCGGUGGUGACCCAAAUGUUAGUUAUUUCCAUUGUGACGUCACAAUAGAGGAUGAUGUCAGCCGUGCAGUUGAUUUCACAGUCAAUAAAUAUGGCACACUUGAUAUCAUCGUCAACAACGCUGGGGUGUCAGGCUCACCUUGUCCCGACAUCCGCAAUGCAGACGUAUCCGAGUUUGAGAAGGUAUUUGAUAUUAAUGUGAAGGGAGUCUUCCUUGGAAUGAAACACGCAGCUAGGAUAAUGAUCCCACUAAAAAAGGGCAGUAUAAUUUCUCUUUCCAGUGUUUCAAGUGCUUUAGGAGGCUUAGGACCACAUGCAUACACAGGGUCCAAGCAUGCUGUAUUGGGGCUCACCAAGAACGUUGCUGCCGAGCUUGGAAUUCAUGGGAUUCGUGUUAACUGUGUUUCUCCUUACGCAGUUGCUACAAAUUUGGCUUUGGCUCACUUGCCCGAGGAGGAGAGAACUGAAGAUGCCUGGGCAGGUUUCCGUUCGUUUGUAGGGGGAAAUGCCAACUUGCAAGGAGUAGAAUUGACAGUUGAUGAUGUAGCUAAUGCUGUGCUCUUCUUAGCAAGUGAUGAGUCCAAGUAUAUAAGUGGGGAUAAUCUCAUGAUUGAUGGGGGCAUCACUUGCGUGAAUCACUCACUAGGAGUAUUUAGAUGAUGGGGUAAAGUUAAUUGGAUCGGUGCCUUGUUUCCAGCGGCAGCUUGGAGCAUGUUGUGUUAGGCUCACAUAAAUUUAGGUAUUGGCUAAAUAGUGUGCUUGGAUAAGAUUGGACAUGGAUCGAUAUUGCCGGAGGCCGGAAAGGUUAGAAGUCAAUUAAUUCUUGCCCUUGGUAUUUAUAAAUGUAAACUAGUUUGCUUUUUAACUGUAUUGUGAACAAGAUUUGAAUCAUCACGGAGCAUGAGUCUGCUUAUGAAGAAAGUGUUCAUGCAGUGAUUCAACAAUCAUCCAAAUAAAUAAUCAUUCAUUGUCCCACGGGCACCA